AUGCCCUACCCUCCGAACCCCCCAAACCCCAUCAACCAAUACCACCUCCACCCCCCACGCCACCCCAAAUCCUUCACCCUCUCCCAACCGGCCCUUCACCCCACGCCACCCACCAUCACCAUCACGCCCACAAACGCCUUGACCAACCUCCCCCUUGUCUCCCACAGCGAAUGCAUCCACCUCUUAAAGGCAGCCCGGAUCUCGUACACGCACACGUACAUGCAGCUCCAGCAGCGCGUGUACCACGAUUUGGCGAGUGCAUGCGGGACGGCGCUGAACCAGCUGGAGAGCGUGGGGGAAGAAGGGGAUUGGAAGGGGGUCAUGGUGCGGUUUGAGGGGAGGUGUGGGAGGUGUAGGGAGAGGGCUGCUGCGCUGUGA